UUUUUAUAAAAUUUAAGAAAACCUAAUGAGUUCAAGAAUCAAGUUCAGAACUCGAGUCACGGCUUGAGUUCAGGAUUUGAGUCAUACAAUGGAUUGACUAAUCGACUUACAAGUUUUUAUUUACUUUUCAACUAAAAACUCGACUUGAGUUGUGCUUAUGACGAUUAAUCAGAGUCGUUUCACAAUACUAACUUUGGGUAGUUUUGAUAAUUGCUAGAUAUUGCCCGACGUGGUGCUUAAUCAUAUGCCCAUGGAAUCUGAAGAAAUUCCGAAUAACGUUCUGCAAUAUCUGGAAGAACAUUUUAUAAGAAUACACAAUAUCAAGGUUGGAGAAAAUUUAUUGAAUGUUUACAAUGAUGGAAAUUUUAAAGAAUUUAUUGAAUUGGCAUUUUGUUCGUCUAAAAUUUAUCAGCAAUCAGCUGAACAAUUAUUACCAGUAUGGCUAACUAAAAAAUUAAAAGAGAGAUAUAAAGGUCAUUUUGCUAAUAAAAAUAAAAGCCUCCUAUCUUCUGAUCUAAGUGAUCAUAGUAGUGAAUCUUCAAAUUCUAUUUUAUAUCCUGAAAAUGCCUUACCUCGAUCGCCUCAUCAUGAUUUAUUAAAUUCUAUCAAUCCAAAAUCCUCAAGUUCAACAUAUAUAAAUCAUCCCAGCAAACUUGAAAAUGUUAAUAAUUCAAUAAAUAGCUUUUUCCCAAAGCAUCAUUAUGAUAACUUUAUAGAUGUGAUUCAGCCUAUUAAUUUUCCCAAUUUCAAUUUAUCAAAUAUAAAUACUUCUUUAGCAAUUAAAAGUUUGAUUGAUGAUAUGUUAAUGAAAAUAGAGUGCAAUCAAAUGCCAAAAUAUGCUAAAUCUCAAUUCAAAACAAAUUUAUUGAUCCAAAAUUUAUCUGUAAUUAAUAAUUGUGUUCAAGACCUUUUAGACAAUGUGUGUUUAAAGGUGAGUAAUGCAAAUAACACUAAUAUCUUGACAUCAAAUGAUGGAAAUAAUUUUCCUAAAUCACCUGUAUCUAUAAUUUUAGAAAGUGAAACAAGCUCACUUUCAAUUGAAUCAACUAACAGCACCUCAUCUAGUGAAGAUUAUGAUGAUGAUGAUAGUAGAGAUAUAGAUGAAAAUUUUGAUAAUAAUCAAAUAUACACAGACUUAAAAGGUUCGGUUCAACAUCAAACUAACAAUUUAGAUGUAGCAUAUGACCAAUUACCAACCCUACACACAUUUUACAACAACAAUGAAAAAAUCUCUAAUAAUUCAGAGAUUAUUGAAUUAUAUGAUAAUAAUGAUAUUCAUAAUCUAAAAAAUUGCCAUGAAUCAAUGAUUCCAGAAUUUAUAACUAAUAGUCCAUAUAUUAAGAAAAAACAGCAUUUAAAUGCACUGAAUAUAAUUACUAAUUCUGAAUUACACAAUGAAAGCUUAUUAGGAAAUAGUGCAAUGGAUAAUACACCUUCCAAAUUUUCCCUGGAUAUUGGUAAUGAAGGAAUCAUCUCUUAUGAUGAUGUGACUACUAUUAAUGGAUCAUCUUUUAAAUACAAUAUGUAUGCAUCAUCUCCUACAUUUGAAGUAAAAAAUGGAGAUGCCAGUUAUCAUGAUUAUAAGGACAUAUCAUGCCAGCACCAUUUUAAAACAGACCUGAGUGAUAAAUUAAUAAGUGAUACUUCACAAAACUUUAAUGAACAUAUUCAAAACCCAUUGAAUGGAGAGCAACUAAACACCAACACAAUGAAUAUUAAAUCAAUGGACAUCAUAUCCCCUGUUAUGGAAUGCAGCAAUUUACCUGAUACAUUCACAAAAUUGCCAUGUCAAACAAAUUCAUUACCAAAUACUAGUCCAAAUAGUUCAAGUCUGGAUUCAACCCUUCCUUAUGUUAAUUCUAAAGCCUCUAAAAUCUUUUUCAAACCUACCAUUUUACUCAAUCCCAUAGGUUAUGGCCUAGGUUUCACUGAUAAAUAUAACCAAAUCAAAUGCAGCACCUCAACAUUCCCAGAGGUUAAUUUUAAGUUAGAUGUCAAAACCAUAUUUCCAAAUCCCCUUUCCAACAUUAGCAGUAUGAAGCACAUCUUUGGGCUUGCGACCAAAAUUACAGAAAGUGAUUCAAGUGGAAACAUGAAGAUGCAUGGGUCUUCCAUUUCUAGUUCUCUCAGGAGCAGUUCACAGCUAGUUCACACUAUUUCUGAGCCUAAGGAAAUUUGUAAUAAAUAUUUUAAGGCUAAAUCAAUGUUCACACAUCAUUCACAUCCUUUUAGUAAUAAUAAUUUGAACUUUACAAAAGUCAGUGCAAUAUAUGAUAACGAUAAGGGCCAAAAUAGUCAUUCCAUUACAGCUUUUACACAAAAUCAAAAUUAUGAAAGCUGCUCUACAUCAUCAAAAUUUAAAUCCUGUCAAAAUUUGGCCGCAUCUUUGACUUCCAGUGAUUUAAGUUCAUUGCCUUUGAUCUCAAAUCUAACAGCUUGCAACAAUUUCACAUAUGAUCCAGAAGAGAGUAGGCGAAUUGACGUCCUCUCUCCUACCAAAAAAAUCGUAAUACAAAAUUCACACUCUCUUGAGUUAUUAUCGAAAACUCGAACUUUAUCCAAAUACGUUUCCCCAGUUUUUUACGUUGUAGGAAGAAAGAAGCGUAAAUAUAUAAAACGAAAAUACACAUCACACUUCAACACCAAGAGAUUGAAAAAAAACCCUAGAUCUCCAUCUGAUAGCAUCUCUGUCGAUCAACACUCAUAUGAUAUUCACGAUGAAUCUUUUAUCGACCAAACAUCGAACCCAACUGAUACCGCCACUUCUCAACAAUCAUAUAAAAAAACGUCCUUACUCUGGAAAACGAGAGCUUUGAUACUACUUGAUCGAUUGUACAUCAUUCCAGGUAGUGAUGUGUAUUAUUCCCCCAUCACAGAAAAUCAGGCGCCAGAUUAUUCAAAGAUUGUCAAACAUCCUAUGGACUAUUCGACACUCAGAAAAUAUAUUCGCAACGGAACGGUUACCAAUGACACCCAAUUAUUAGAGAAUAUUUUGAUUAUUCAUACGAAUACCUUGAUGUACAACUCCGAGGAUGAUCUCAUUUCCCUCGUAAACGUAAAAGUUUGGAAAUUGGUCAAUGAGUGUUUUCGCGAAUAUUUUUCUUCCAUUUUAUCAGCCGAUUCGGAAGAAUAAAUCUGCCACUUAUACAAAAAAAAAUCAUAAUGUCUAUUAUUUUUAAUAAAAAAAUUUUUUUUAAAUUUUAUACAAAUUUAUAAUAAAUAAAAGAUUUUUA